AUGAACAAGAAGAAGGCAUGCACCGAAUGUAGACAACAGAAGGCUAAAUGCGAUGCAUACCUCAACCCAGGCGAUGCUUGUUCACGAUGUAAACGAGUCGGGUUGCAAUGCACGAUUUCCGAUCCCUUUAAAAGAGAGAACAAACGCCAGAGAUUGUCAGAGCUUGAGAAGGAGACAGACACUUUACGCAAGCGGCUGAUGACAGAAGACCAUCGAUCGAGCGUCAUCGAGCCCGUGCAAGCAGAGCGCCACGACCACUCUAAUAUACCUUCUCAUCCUGAAGCUUCAACAGCGAGAUACUCCCGUGUGCCCAGUGCAGUAUCGCCUUCCGGAAGUCUUGGCUCGGUAUCUCUUGCCACUCCUGUUCAUGCGACUAGAACUGCAACCUUGGAUGGUCAAGCACUAACGACAACCCCUCGAACCUUGGAUGGAGUGACCGUCCAGGGCUCUGAUAUUGAUGGCAUCUUCGAGUUGUAUUUUCGAGAAUAUGCACCGUAUCUUCCUAUCCUCGGCUCCAGGCCGUCGGCGGAUGGGUGUUACAAUCAGUCACCUGUACUAUUCUGGAUCAUCAUUGGAACCGCUUGCAGAAGCUACACGCGGAAUCCAACUCUUCUGAGUGCACUCAACAAAGGCAUUACUAACUUGGCGCUGUCAUCUUUGAUCACCACUGGGUCACCCUUGCAGCGCGUUCAGGCAUUCGUAUUACUGGUCACAUGGCCUCUUCCAGACGCCGUCGAGACCAAUCAGCAAGAGAUCAACUAUGUCUUUGCCGGUAUUCUGCUGCACCUGGCGCAAAGAAGCGGGCUACAUGUGCCCGCUGGUUCUGAUGAGUUCUUCAGAGCCACGACGCCCAAUCUUCCAGACAUAGGUAUUGCCCGUCGAACAGAACUAUGGGCCUAUAUCGUUUUGACUUAUCAGAGGACUUGCAUGAGCAAAGGGUUUUUGGCCCGCACUUCUUUCGAUAUCUCUCCUGAGAUGAGUCAAAGUCAGAGCCGACAACAAACACUAUCCUCAGCGCUCAAGCUCCGUCUCAAAUGGCAAGAUCUCUGUAUUCAAUGUGGCUCUGCUGUGUCAGAAAACGGGAUGCGUCACUUGACCUCAGAUCAAGAUCGUGCUCUAUCAAUCAUUAUCAGAACGUAUGACCUUCAGAUCAGGGAUCUAGAGUACACUGCUGCAGAUGAGUCGGAUCGACUCGAAUGCAACAUUGCCCAGCUCUACAUCCGAAGUUUCUACUUCUUGAAGCAAGACAAGACAUCGUAUGCCACUAGCUUCGACAAGAUCCAACAAGUUGCCCGUCAGGUCAUCACUAGAGUGGAAAAACUCACACUUAGUCUGCGGAACCCUUUGUCAAUACCAAGCUACAUUGUAAACGCUCUCCUCUUUGCCUCAUAUGCACUCCUCCGCAUCCUGAAGUCAUCUAUCCCUUUCCUUUCGGGAGAAAGCGAGGAAGCAAAAUCGUCGCUCUUCGCUGCUAUCGGCCUCUUGAAAAGCUAUUCUAUUGACAAUAACGACAUGUGUUCCAAAUCAUACACGUGUCUUACAACGCUCUGGAAUAGUCCGAGGGCUUUCAAGAAAGCAGAUGGAAGCGAUAUGUUGGAGCUAAGAGCAAGAGGUCGGCUCAAUGGCAGCCAUGUAGUAGACGCCAUUCUCUGGUGGAGAGAAGAGACUGAUCUGCACUUCAGAAAGCAGAUGCAAAACUUGAAAAACAGCGCUCUAGGUGAGUUUCCUGGCACAUUGCCCUGCAAGAUCUUGCAAAAACUGACUUUCUGA